AGAAACUUCCCAGGGCAACAAAAAUAGUCUUUGGAAGGCGUCCAACAAUGACGACAUUUUCUUCUGAUCAGCUGAACUUUUUCAAGUUUUCCACUGUUGUUAUUGACGAAUUUCCAGUCGCCCUGCGCAAAGUCUUUGAGUUCUUGUGGAAUAACCAAACCGCUCCUCCACCUGGUUUUCAGUUAUGGGAUGACUCGCCACUGGUUCGGAACUUGUUCCUCAACAAAGAAAGUCGACCGGGAAGAAGAAAACUGAAUGUGCCAACCAGUAAAUCCUUUAUGGAGUGGGACUGUACAGCUCUGUUUGAAGCUACACUCUAUGCUGAAAGCUUUGCCAUGCCAGAUGGGAGAGGAGGGCUUGCUACCCUAGACAAACUGUUCUUGAAACCGAGUGGCUUACGGUCACCAGGGACAUUUCACCACUCCGUUAUCAGCCCUUCUGGAAACCAAGCUGAGACAUUCGCCUUGGCUUUGGACCAGCUGCGCUUGCUGCGAAACUCUCUUUGCCACCAAACAAGUACACAGAAGAUUGACAAGGCAACAUUUGAUAACUACAUACAGCUUUCCAAAGAUGCCGUUAGGGCACUCGGACAAAGUACGACAAAAAUCGAUGAUGUGGGAAAGCUUGGUGAGAAAGAUUUUCCCACUUCCAGAGUUCAACAGUUAGAGGAAGAAUUGAGGAGAGAGAGAUUUAAACAGAUUGAAGAUAAUCAGGCCCAAAUGGACGCGAAAAUAACAAAUCUCGGAUCAGACAUGAAAGACCUCAACACUAGCCUUAAAGGUGUCAUUUCAACAGCCAAUGUUUUGAAUUCUGGAGUUGCAGACGUAAAGAAAAGUUUGCAAGUUGCUGAGUCAGAUGCAAAUGCUGUCAAAUCAGGAAUAACAGAUAUUGAUACAAAGCUAGAAAACGUCAAAUCGGACGUGAAAGAUGUUAAAACUGAGGUAAUCAGUGUAACGACCAAAGUGGCAGGAGUAACGUUGGACGUGAACUUUGUCAAGAAUGAGGUCACAGGCAUGAAACCGCUCGUAAAAUCAAUCGAAACUAAAACGAAAGAUGUCGGAUUGGACGUCAAAGAUAUAAAAACAAGAGUAACUGACAUAAAGACAAAAACAGAAGAUAUCGAAGCACUCGGAAAAAAAAUAAAGAUUGGUAUGGCAGAUGUUAGGGUAAAAGUACAAGAUGUUGGGUCUAACGUGAAAGGACUCUCAACUGAAGUAACAGCGGUGAAGACAAAAGUAAAAGAGACCCGGUCAGAAGUAAAGAAAGUGAAAAUUGAAAUAACAGGAAUGAAGACAAAGGUGGAGGAUAUCGGUUCUGACGUGAAAGGAGUGCAAAGUGGUGUAACAGAUGUGAGAUCAAAAGUGGCAAGUCUAGGGUCAGGCAUGAAGGAUAUGCAAAGGGACGUGACAGAUGUGAAGACACAACUUAAGAAUGCGAAUGAAUCAGUCAAAUCUAGAGUAGCGGAAAUCGAGAGGAACGUUAUUAAAGACUUUAGGUCUUACGUGAAACCUGUACAGGGGGAAGUGACAGAUUUGAAGACGAAUGUACAAGAAAUCAGAUCAGAUACCAAAGAUGUGAAAACCGGUGUAGCAGACGUAAGAUCAAGAGUCAGCAAUGCGGCAUGGGACCUUAAAGAUGUGAAGUCUCGAGUAAGAGAUAUGAAUACAAAAUUGCAAGAUGUACCCUCCAAAAUGAAAGAAGUGAACAAAAAUGUAGCAGGUGUAAAGACAGAAAUAAACAACGUCAAAAACCAAGUAACAAAGGUGAAAACAACAGUGGAAGAGACGCGGUCAGACGUAAAAGUUAUAAAACCUCAAUUAAAGUCAAUCGACUCUAAAGUGACUGGUGUCGGCUCAGACGUCAAAGAUGUCAAGGCAACACUCGAAGAUAUAGAGUUAAAGUUACAAACAGAAGUAAACGAUGUUAAGAUAAGAAUGGCAGAAUUCAAAGAGGAAAUAAGAACUCGGAUUGAUAUCAUGGCACAAGCAAUGCUACUUGGAAUCACAAAAGGUAAGUUUUACUAAACAGCUGAAUGCUUGACUAUCGAGGAGAAGCUACGAGAAAAUAAGUAGGUUGACGUUUUGACAACCUGUGCGGUAGUCAUAUUCCGAGUCAAGUAUAGCCUAAAUUUGACUACCGCACAGGUUGUCGAUACCCUCACAAAACUGCAGGGGCGGAUCCAGGAUUCUUUUUAGGAACUCGUCUUUGCUCUACUUCAACACCAAUAAACCACAGAAUUUUUUUUUUUGCAGAAUACCAGUUGUAUUAGAAAACCGCAGGUCAUCUCCGGGGGGUUGUCGAUACCCUCCCCCUAGAUCCGCCCCUGAACUGACUUUAGUAACCCCCGCCCCCAAGGUUAGGAUUUUAAGGAGGGUUAUAACGCAAAAGUAAAUGUCAGAGUAUAUGUCCAUUACGCCUAAAUUUGGAGGGCUGGAUAGCCCGUACUUACACAAGACUCUACCAAGUCAUCCCCCGGAAUUGAAGAUACUGAGUUAAUAAUUGAUAGUGUUCAUUUUUCGAUGGAGAAAAUCCCAUUUUAUGAACAGGAUCUGACGUUCAGGCAGCCUAGUUACAAGGCCCCGAUUGAAUAGUUAUAGCAAAGGGAGACUGGUUACUAUGCUUUAGAUCGAACUCGAUUAUCUCAGUCGAAUAUUGUGAAAUUUUGAGUUGGCGCAUAGCCAAAUACGAUAAAAAUAUUUUUAACGGUUUAUUCAGUUCUAAAGAAAAGCGUUUUGCAAAAAAACUUGUGCCAUUAUACUGAAGGUAGUACCUCAGACUUGCCCUCGACAAAAAAAAAUGAGCUGAAUCGAUUUUUUGACCGUGGCCACAAACGUUGAUAUUUCUUUGAUUUUUACAGACAUUCACUCUUUAGUUAAAUCCUAAUCCAUAGCUGGAGAAAACAACCGAUGAGUUAGUAGGUAGCAUCGGCCGUUUACUCAGGCCAUAUAUCCUGCCCCCAAAACUGGACUCAAGUGAAAAAACUCUAAGUGCUGUCUGAACAACUGGUGAAGCGACUAUUAAAAUAAUUCCCUAACAAAAAUACUGGGAUAUGCUGAUUUAUAAAAUAACUAAGAUAGUACGCGCGUUCUGAUUGGUUAAAAACCUAUGGUUUAUUGUGCCGGUAAACUCAUAGAAAACUGAAACAUUUUCCGUUUUACUUAUAGUUAUUUUAUAAAAGCAAUAGACCACACUUUCUAUGGGUUUACCGGUGUGAUAACGCACUUGGGAUGUUGGACGAACACUCGAAAAGCUUGUAAAUCACUCGCCUUCGGCUCGUGAUUUACAAGCUUUUCUCGUGUUCUCCCAACAUCCCGCGUGGGUUAUCACGCCGGUAAACACAUAGAAAGUGUGGUCUACUGCUAAGUUUCUCAUAAGUCUGAUUUCCGUAUUUACACUCUCGGGCUAUUCUGCCGUGGAGAAUGAUUGAAGAAUUCGUUAAAGCAAUAACUACUAAAUUUAGAAAAACGUUUUUCUUGAAGGUCAUACCCUUGUUGACUCAUGCCAAACGGAAACUGUACCAAACUUCGCGUCCCCUGAAUUAGAGGAGCAAGAGGUGAGAUACAAGAAACGACCCUUGGAUGAUUUGAAAAGCGAAGCAGACGUACCUUCCGGAUCGAAAGUGCUUGGUCAAAACGAAGAACACAGCAACCACAUGCGUGGCUUGAAACUUCUGGGCCAAGGAGACUACAAAGGAGCUUUGGAAUAUUUACAGAAAGCUGCCGAUCUGAGUUCACAACGGCUUGUUAAGAAUCAAGAUGUCGCGCGUACGUUUUAUCAUCUGGGGGUUGUGCAACGCGACACGAAGAACCUUAAAAGUGCUACAUCAUCAUUACGGAUAGCAGCAGACAUGAACUUAGACCUGCUUGGUGAACAUGAAGUCACAGCUUGUUGCUUCUUUACCCUUGGAAUGGUGCAAAGUGACAUGGGAGACGACAAAGGUGCCUUAGUUUCCCUACAAACAGCUGCAGAGAUGACAUUCAGACUGCUUGGAGUACACAAAGACACGGCUUGUAGUUACUUCAACCUUGGUAGAGUACUGUAUAAAAUGGGAGACUACAAAAGAGCAUCAGAGGUUUUACACCAGGCAGCAAACAUGUACUCGAGCCUGGUUGGUGACCAUGUGGACACAGCCCUCAGCUAUUUUUAUCUCGGUUUAGCGCAGCUUUCGGAAGGCCAAUGCAAGGAUGCUUUGGAAUCUGUACAUAAAGUGCUAAAUAUGAAGAAUUUGAAUUUUCAAGCCGAUCACAAACAGACGGAGUAUCUUAGUUACCUUCUCCUUGGCUUAGUGCAUCGUGCCUUGGGAGAUCACGAAAGAGCUAUGGAGUCUCUAAAAAAGGCAGCUGUCACGAUUUUAAGCCUCCUUCAAGAUGACGGUCAUGAUAAGGCAGAACACCAAAUUGUACUUGGUUUUGUGCAGCUUUUGAUGGGAGACGACAAAGAAGCUGUGGAUUCACUACACAAAGCCGUAGACAUAAAUGUACGUCAGCUUGGUGUACACACGGAAACGGCAAUUAGUUACUUUAACCUCGGUUUUGUGCAGUUUGUUCUUAAGGACUUAAAACCAGCAAUACAAUCUCUUCAAAGGGCGUUAGACAUGUACCAAAACCUGCUUGGUGAGCACAAAAGCACGGCGUCUUGCUACCAUUGGCUAGGAGUGGUGCAGCAUGCUUUGGGGGAUCUCGGGCUUGCUGUUGAGUUUCUCAAGAAAGCAACAAUUAUGAGCUCAGACCUCCUUGGAGAUCACGAAAACACAGCCUCAAGUUUCGAAAACCUUGGUCUUGCGCAGCGGGAUAUGGGGCAAAGCAAAGAAUCUUUGGAGUCUCUGGAGAGAGCAGCAGACAUUAGAUCAAAAGUGCUUGGAGAUCACUCACAUACGGCACGUAGUUUCUACCAACUAGGGAUCGUGCAGCAUGAGAUGGGGAAACUUAAAGAAGCUGUCGAGUCUCUAAUGAAAGCGGCAGACAUGAACACUGGCGAUUAUGAAUUCACGGCUUCUUGCUUCUUUACCCUUGGUAUAGUGCAGAGUAAAAUUGGUGAAAAUGAAGGCGCCUUAGUCUCUAUACAAAUAGCAGCGGAUAUGAGAUCAAAUUUGCUCCAGGAACUCGAAAACAAAGCAUGCAGCUACAGCAAUCUCGGUGCAUUACAGUAUAAAGUGGGGGACCGAAAAAAAUCGUUAGAAUUAGGCACUGCAGACAGUUACCAAAUCCUUGGUGAAUUGCAGCAGGUAACAGGAGACCAUAAAAGAGCCUCAGAAUCGCUACAGAAAGCGGCAGACAUAAGAACGAAUCUCCUAGGUGAUCACAAAGAUACGGCGCGUAGCUACUUCUUUCUCGGUGUUGUCCAGCGCAACUUAGGAGAUAGCCAGAGGGCAAUGGAAACUCUAAAGAAAGCGGCAGACAUUCAGUCAGUACUGGGUGGUGAUCAUAUAGAGGCGGCAGACUGCUUCUUCACUCUUGGUUUACUACAGCGCAACAUGGGAGACCACAAAGGAGCGCUAGAGUCUCUACAGAAAGCAACAGACAUUACCUCAAAUCAGCGUGAUGUCCGUGAAAUCACAGCACGUUGCUUUUACGUGCUUGGGUUAGUACAGCAUGAAAUAAACGACAAUAAAAGGGCAGUGGAAUCGUUGAAAAAAGCGGCAAACAUGAGUCUUAAUGUGCUUGGUGAAGAUGAAAACACGGCAGAGAGUUACCACAAACUCGGUGAAUUGCAGCAUAUAACAGGAGACCACGAAGGAGCCUCAGAAUCGCUACAGAAAGCGGCAGACAUAAGAACGAAUCUCCUUGGUGAUCACAAGGACACAGCAGACAGUUACUUCAUCCUUGGUGUAGUCCAGCGCGACUUAGGAGAUCACCAGAGGGCGAUGGAAACUCUAAAGAAAGCGGCGGACAUUCAGUCAACACUUGGUGGUGAUCAAAUAAAGACUGCAGGCUGUUUCUUCACUCUUGGUCGGCUACAGCACAACACGGGAGACCACAAAGGAGCCUUAGAAUCCCUACAGAAAGCAGCAGACAUUUACUCGAAUCUGCGUGGUGCCCAUGAAAUCACAGCACGUUGCUUUUACAUGCUGGGGUUAGUACAGCAUGAAAUAAACGACAAUAAAAGGGCAGUGGAAUCGUUGCAAAAAGCGGCAAACAUGCAGCUUAAUGUACUUGGUGAAGAUAAAAACACGGCAGCGAGUUACCACAAACUCGGUGAAGUGCAGCAUAUAACAGGAGACCACGAAAGAGCCUCAGAAUCGCUACAGAAAGCGGCAGACAUAAGAACGAAUCUCCUUGGUGAUCACAAGGACACAGCAGACAGUUACUUCAUCCUUGGUGUAGUCCAGCGCCAGUUAGGAGAUAGCCAGAGGGCUAUGGAAACUCUAAAGAAAGCGGCCGACAUGCAUUCAACACUGAUUGGUGGUGAUCAAAUAGAGGCGGCUGGCUGUUUCUUCACUCUUGGUUCACUACAGCACGACAUGGGAGACCACAAAGGAGCCUUAGAGUCUCUACAGAAAGCCGCGGACAUUAACUUAAAUCUGCGUGGUGUCCAUGAAAUCACAGCACGUUGCUUUUACGUGCUUGGGUUAGUACAGCAUGACAUAAACGACAAUAAAAGGGCAGUGGAAUCGUUGAAAAAAGCGGCAAACAUGCAGCUUAAUGUACUUGGUGAAGAUAAAAACACGGCAGCGAGUUACCACAAACUCGGUGAAGUGCAGCAUAUAACAGGAGACCACGAAAGAGCCUCAGAAUCGCUGCAGAAAGCGGCAGACAUAAGAACGAAUCUCCUUGGUGAUCACAUGGACACAGCAGACAGUUACUUCAUCCUUGGUGUAAUCCAGCGCCAGUUAGGAGAUAGCCAGAGGGCGAUGGAAACUCUGAAGAAAGCGGCGGACAUUCAGUCAACACUUGGUGGUGAUCAAAUAAAGACUGCAGGCUGUUUCUUCACUCUUGGUUCACUACAGCAUAACAUGGGAGACCACAAAGGAGCCUUAGAAUCUCUACAGAAAGCAGCAGACAUAAGAACGAAUCUUCUUGGUGAUCACAAAGAUACGGCUCGCAGCUACUUCAUCCUUGGUGUAGUCCAACGCGACUUAGGAGAUAGCCAGAGGGCAAUGGAAACUCUAAAGAAAGCGGCGGACAUGCAUUCAACACUGAUUGGUGGUGAUCAAAUAGAGGCGGCUGGCUGUUUCUUCACUCUUGGUUCACUACAGCACAACAUGGGAGACCACAAAGGAGCCUUAGAGUCUCUACAGAAAGCCGCGGACAUUGACUUAAAUCUGCGUGGUGUCCAUGAAAUCACAGCAUGUUGCUUUUACGUGCUUGGGUUAGUACAGCAUGAUAUAAACGACAAUAAAAGGGCAGUGGAAUCGUUGCAAAAAGCGGCAAACAUGCAGCUUAAUGUACUUGGUGAAGAUGAAAACACGGCAGCGAGUUACCACAAACUCGGUGAAGUGCAGCAUAUAACAGGAGACCACGAAAGAGCCUCAGAAUCGCUACAGAAAGCGGCAGACAUAAGAAUUAAUCUCCUUGGUGAUCACAUGGACACAGCAGACAGUUACUUCAUCCUUGGUGUAAUCCAGCGCCAGUUAGGAGAUAGCCAGAGGGCGAUGGAAACUCUAAAGAAAGCGGCGGAAAUUCAGGCAACACUUGGUGGUGAUCAGAUGAAGACUGCAGGCUGUUUCUUCACUCUUGGUUCACUACAGCACGACAUGGGAGACCACAAAGGAGCCUUAGAAUCUCUACAGAAAGCAGCAGACAUAAGAACGAAUCUUCUUGGUGAUCACAAGGACACAGCAGACAGUUACUUCAUCCUUGGUGUAGUCCAGCGCCAGUUAGGAGAUAGCCAGAGGGCGGUGGAAACUCUAAAGAAAGCGGCGGACAUGCAUUCAACACUGAUUGGUGGUGAUCAAAUAGAGGCGGCUGGCUGUUUCUUCACUCUUGGUU